GCCGCCGCCGCCGCCGCCCCAGGCGCACUCGGUCCCCGCCGGCCUGCGGUUUGUACCUUCGAUCCCGCCGCCCGCCAUGGCGACCGCGACCCCCGUGCCGCAGCGGGCCGGCAGCCGCGCCAGCGCCCCCGCCACGCCGCUCAGCCCCACGCGCCUGUCGCGGCUGCAGGAGAAAGAGGAGCUGCGCGAGCUCAACGACCGCCUGGCCGUGUACAUCGACAAGGUGCGCAGCCUGGAGACGGAGAACAGCGCGCUGCAGCUGCAGGUGACCGAGCGCGAGGAGGUGCGCGGCCGGGAGCUCACCGGCCUCAAGGCUCUCUACGAGACCGAGCUGGCCGAUGCACGCCGCGCGCUCGACGACACGGCCCGAGAGCGCGCCAAGCUCCAGAUCGAGCUGGGCAAGUUCAAGGCCGAGCACGACCAGCUGCUGAUCAAUUACGCUAAGAAGGAAUCGGAUCUUAAUGGAGCCCAGAUGAAGCUUCGAGAGUAUGAGGCAGCACUAAACUCUAAGGAUGCAGCACUGGCUACUGCCCUGGGUGACAAAAAGAGUUUAGAGGGAGAUUUGGAGGAUCUGAAAGAUCAGAUUGCCCAGCUGGAAGCAUCCUUAUCUGCCGCCAAAAAGCAGUUAGCAGACGAGACUUUACUUAAAGUGGAUUUGGAGAAUCGUUGUCAGAGUCUUACUGAGGACUUGGAGUUUCGUAAAAAUAUGUAUGAAGAGGAGAUCAAUGAGACGAGGAGGAAGCAUGAAACACGUUUGGUGGAGGUGGAUUCCGGGCGGCAGAUUGAGUAUGAGUACAAGCUGGCACAGGCUCUGCAUGAGAUGAGGGAGCAGCACGAUGCUCAAGUGAGGCUGUACAAGGAAGAGCUGGAGCAGACCUACCAUGCCAAGCUUGAGAAUGCCCGACUGUCCUCAGAGAUGAACACUUCUACUGUCAACAGUGCCCGGGAGGAGCUGAUGGAGAGCCGCAUGCGGAUAGAGAGCCUCUCUUCCCAGCUCUCUAACCUGCAGAAAGAGUCUAGAGCCUGCUUGGAAAAGAUUCAAGAAUUGGAGGAUAUGCUGGCUAAAGAGAGAGACAACUCCCGCCGCAUGCUGUCUGACAAAGAGCGAGAGAUGGCGGAGAUAAGGGACCAGAUGCAGCAGCAGCUGAAUGACUAUGAACAGCUGCUUGACGUGAAGCUGGCCCUGGACAUGGAGAUCAGCGCCUACAGGAAACUCCUAGAAGGCGAGGAAGAACGGUUAAAGCUCUCUCCAAGUCCUUCUUCCCGAGUGACAGUGUCCAGAGCAUCGUCCAGUCGCAGUGUCCGUACCACUCGAGGGAAGCGGAAGAGAGUUGACGUGGAAGAGUCUGAGGCGAGCAGUAGUGUUAGCAUUUCCCACUCUGCCUCAGCCACCGGGAAUGUGUGCAUUGAAGAGAUAGAUGUUGAUGGCAAGUUCAUCCGCUUGAAGAACACUUCUGAACAGGAUCAACCAAUGGGAGGCUGGGAGAUGAUCAGAAAAAUUGGAGACACAUCAGUCAGUUACAAAUAUACCUCAAGAUACGUGCUGAAGGCAGGCCAGACUGUUACAAUAUGGGCGGCAAAUGCUGGAGUCACAGCCAGUCCUCCAACUGACCUCAUCUGGAAGAACCAGAACUCUUGGGGCACUGGGGAAGAUGUGAAGGUCAUACUGAGAAACUCUCAGGGAGAGGAGGUUGCUCAGAGAAGUACAGUCUUUAAGACAACCAUACCUGAAGAGGAGGAGGAGGAAGAGCCCAUCGGAGUGGUUAUUGAGGAGGAGCGUUUCCAUCAGCAGGGAGCCCCAAGAGCAUCCAACAGAAGCUGCGCCAUUAUGUGAACUCGUCAAGACAGAAGCAUGGUAACCCUGUAUACAGUGCAGAGCCUUCUCAGAAGCACACGAUAUUUUUGUAUUUCCUUUAUGUGAAUUUUUUAAGCUGCGAAUCUGAUGGCCUUAAUUUCCUUUUUGACACUGAAAGUUUUGUAAAAGAAAUCCUAUCCAUACACGUUGUUGCAAGAUGUGAAUUAUUGACACUGAACUAACUGUACUGUUUGGAAAGGGGCCCUCAAGUUUUUGGCAUUUUUUU